AUGGCGGCAGAUGCUGCAGGGUGGGGAGAAACGGACCACAUCCGCCUGGAGUUGACUGGGGAGCUGACUGAUCCAGUCCAUGUAUUCUACUGGAGGUUUAUGAAUGAUGCCUUGGGGAGGCCAGGCAGCCUGGGACAGCACACCUUUGAUUAUCAGAUCGACCAGCUUGUUGACACUCCUGCUAGUGUCGGAAGAGAAAAGAAGACGAUAGCGAAUGGUCUGGAUCUCCAAGCAUCACCAACCAAGGAGGAGGAGAAUCGCAUACAGAUGGGGAAGGGCACCAUUCCCUUCUCGGGAGCUAGUGAAUUUUCUUCCAGAAGCCUUCUGGACAUCCUGAAGACAUUUGAGCGGGCUCAUCAGGUGACCUACAGUCAAAGUUCCAAAGUUGCCACCCUGAUGAAACAAGUCAGCACCAGCCUGGAGAAGAAAGGCCGAGUGUACUUAGUUGGCUGGCAGACCCUUGGCAUCAUCGCCAUCAUGGAUGGGGUAGAAUGCAUCCACACCUUUGGUGCUGAUUUCCAAGAUGUCCGUGGCUUUCUCAUGGGUGACCACAAUGCCAUGUUUAACCAGAAGGCAGAGCUCACCAACCAGGGACCCCAGUUCACUUUCUCCCAGGAGGACUUCCUGACUGCCAUUCUGCCAUCCCUUGUGGAAACUGACACUGUGGUCUUCAUUUUCACCCUGGAUGAUAACCUCACAGAGGUCCAGGCAUUGGUAGAGCAGGUGAGAGAGAAGACCACGAACAUCCAGGCCCUGGUGCACAGCACCGUGGGGCAGUCCUUGAGUGCCCCUCUAAAGAGGCUCUUACCCUCCAUCAUCAGCAUUACAUGGCCACUUCUUUUCUUUGAAUAUGAAAAAGGCUACGUCCAGAAGUUCCAGCGUGAGCUAAGCACCAAGUGGGUGUUGAAUACAGUGAGUACCGGGGCCCACGUGCUGCUGGGGAAGACCCUACAGAACCACAUGCUGGACCUCCGCAUCACCAACUCCAAGCUCUUUUGGAGGGCACUGGCCAUGUUGCAGCGGUUCUCUGGACAGUCCAAGGCUUGCUGCAUCGAAGCAAUCCAUUUUCCUCAACCACUGUCAGAUGAUAUCCGGGCUGCUCCCAUCUCCUACCACGUCCAGGUUGCCCACGAGAAGGAAAAGGUGAUCCCCAAAACCUUGCUGAGCCUUUUACAACACUGCUCCAUCACAGAGGCUAAGGCACUCCUGGCUGCAGCUCCUUCCGUAUGCGAGGUUAUCAGGAGCGCCCUCUCUGGGCCGGGUCAGAAGCGCACCAUCUGAGCCCUUGGGGACCCAACAGCCUAUAGUACAGUAAAUUGA